AUGUCAGAUUAUAUUCCAGACCAUUUGCUUGCCCAUGUGCUUUUGAGGCUGCCGUUUGAUUCUCUGCUACGGUCUAGGUGUGUAUCAAAAUCAUGGCAUGCUUUAAUUGAUUGCUCAGGCUUCAUCAAGAUGCAUCUCAGCAAAGCCAACCAAGAAGCGAAUUCCCCCAAUGGGAUCAAAAUUAUUGCCCUGAACCAAGACAAAUUAUAUACUUCAGAUUUGGAUCUUGAAGCUCAUAGCUCUAGUACUAGUGUACUACUGCAAGUGCCAAACAGCUCAGCUGCCCUUCUGAUAAUUACUCUAGAUACGGCUCUUGGUACGGAGUGCACAUUGUUUGAUUGUUAUGCCCUUGGGUGCGGGUAUGACCGUGUGAAUGAUGACUACAAAGUGGUGAACAGGAUAUGCAUUGCAGAUCUAUUCGACGAAGACCCUUCCAGUUGGCGUGACAAAGUGUCUGCCUACGACUGCUACCGUGCCCCAGAUUGUAUCCUUGCUAAUGGUGCAUUACAUUGGUUCACGAGGGAAAGGAAACCAAAUGAUAUUAGCUACAUCAUUUCCUUUGAUCUUAGCAGCGAAGAAUUUCGGAAAUUGCCUUGUCCAAUGUAUCUUCCAGAUUCUAUUUACCAGAACCUGAGGAUCUUGAAUGGACGCCUUUGUUUAGUGACCUACCAUAAAGUAGCCUCUGGAAGAUAUGUUGCUGAUUUAUGGGCGAUGGAAGAAUAUGGAGUGGAAAAAUCUUGGACAAAGUUAACUUCAGUUACAAUACCUUCAGGACUGAGCUUUCGAAUCUUAACACCUUUAGCUCUGUCGAAGAACAAGAGCAAAUUGGUUUUGCAGAUUCAUGGAGAAAAGCUUGUUAUUCAUGAUCUUGAAACAAAAUGUACCAGUGAUUCAAAGUCCUGA